AUGGAUGUCGCUACUGAAAUAAUAAAACAAGUUGUUCAGGUUCUCAUGGAUCCUGUUAAACAGCAUCUGGGCUACAUGAUUUCCUACAGAAAAUAUGUGGUCGAGAUGCAUACCAAAAUGAACUAUUUGAAUGUUGCAAGAGCUGGCGAAAAAGAGCACUUGGACCGGAACAUAAGAAUACGUCUUAUGGUGCCUGACCAGGUUAGCCCUUGGUUGGACAAAAUACAAAAUAUUAAUGCAAAAGUGAAAAACUUUCCAAGUGAAGACCUCGAUUGUCUCGAUUUCAAGAGUAGGCACAAACUUGGAAGCAAAGCCUCCAAGAUAAUCAACGAGAUAGAUAGUAUCACAACACAACUCUCUCUGAUCAAAUGGACUGAUGAGAAAAUUCCUUUGGGAAGAAUUGAUUCCACCAUGACAUCCACCUCUACACCAUCAGGUGAUCACAAUGACUUCCAGUCAAGAGUGCAUACUUUUACAGAAGCACUGAAAGCACUCAGACCCGACCACAAACCUCAUAUGGUAGCCUUAUGGGGGAUGGGCGGAGUGGGGAAGACCACUAUGAUGAAGAAGCUGAGGCAGACUGUGUUGAAAUAUUAA